AUAUGAGGUCUGAUAGAGUUUUUUUCGACGUCUGCUUUGUUUUUUUUUGUUCCCACUACAAAAACUUAAUAUAUGUAUUUUUGACUGAUUGUGCUAAUCUUCGAAAUCGGUCUGAAUUUUAUAAAUACUUAAGGAUUCAAUUAUUUUUGUUAAAACACGUUUCAUAGAAAUGGUACCACGCAGAGAUAAAAUUUUCAACAAAUUUGAGGUUUCAUCCAUCAUUUUCAUACAUGGAUUUGUUGCGUCGCCACCACCACCAUUAAUCAACAUUCCAUUGCCAUGUUUAACAUUACAAGGUAUUUGUUUUGGGAGCUAUCGAACAAACAAACUAUUAACUAAAUAGUUUGAUCAACAUACGAAAAACAUGACGUUAAUCUUGAUCAUUAUCACAAUAAUGUAUGAUAAAAGUAGUGCAAUAACCCUUUCCUGGCUAAGCCAUUCAUUGUGCGACGAUUCACGAAUCACCAUCUCAAUAAUGGGGCUCAAUUAUAAAAAUCUGAUAUUACAGCCGUGCAUGGGACUGUUCCUGCGUGGGGCUGUGAAAGCUGCAGCAGUGGUUGAAGGUGUCAGCCUUGUAAUGAUAAUUAUGGCUACAGUCGACUACGCCAACCACUUAGAAAUAGUUUGGAGUAAGAAGGACUCUAAUGUCUCACAGUUUUGUGGUUACAUGCUAAGUUGGAUCUUCUGCUAUUUCUAUAGGCUUGUUACAAUUGGCUUGGCAAUUCGAUUAUUGAUGAUAGUUUCUAAGAGAGAUAGAAAAGCUUUGAAAUGGUGGUUGGUCCAGUCCGCUUUCUUGUAUAUCAUUUGGUUCUGCUGUUUCAUCAUUAACGCGCAUCACGGACUUUUCUACACUAGAGUUUCAUUUGUUACUUUAAUCUUACUAGCAAUUUACAAGCUAUACUUCUUUUGGACAGUUGUUUCGUUUAAUAUAGAAAUUGGAAGGAAUGGGUCGAUCGACCCAGCACUUCGUGUCUUGUCAGACGAAGAUUUGGACGACUUCUUUAGCAGUAAUCAGGCUAAUAGACACCAACGUUACAAUAAAACGUUUGAAAUCUCGUUCAAUGAUUUGGCCUUUGACACGAAUCCUCCACUGGGCAGCGGUGCUUUUGGAAUUGUGUACAAGGCAUCAUUAACAAGACGCCACGUGGAUUCUGUGUCGACUCAAAUUGUUGCCCUAAAGACGGUUUUACCCUCUCCAGACGUCACAUUUCUUAAAUCUUUACUACGGGAAUUGCAAGUUCUGAAUUUUAUAGGAAGUCAUGAAAAUAUAGUAAACUUAGUGGGUGCUUGUACGUCGGAAGUGAAGAGAAGAAAGUUGUACUUCGUCAUGGAAUACUGUGCGUAUGGUAGCAUCAAGUCGUAUUUGAGAAAAAAUCGUGAAGCCUUCAUAAACAAAGAAGCAUGCGACCUUAUAAACAGGGAUUACAUUUCAUGGGAAAGCCCGAAAACCAUUACCAUUCAGGAUUUAAUCACAUGGGCAUUUGAAACAGCGAAUGGCAUGGAAUAUAUUGCCGGCAAACAUGCCAUACACGGCGAUAUUUCGUCGAGGAACGUUUUACUCAAUUUAAUGAGAACAGCCAAAGUUGCGGAUUUUGGGUUAUCUCGACAACUGUAUCGUUACACCACUUUUACGAAACAUGAAAACGAGUGUCUCCCUAUCCGGGGAGAGAUCUGUCCGACUGCUUUCAUUCAACGAUUAAAAAAUGGAGAAAUUAAGCCUGACCAGCCAACACUAAUGACAAACGAGAUUUACGAGGAACUAUGUAAAUGCUGGGUUAUGAAUCCGAAGUCUAGACCGUCAUUUACAGAAUUAAAAUUAUUUUUCGCUAAACAAAUUUUGCGCAGUAUUUCUAAUACUGAUGUACUUCCUCGGGCAACAGCUCGAAUUGAUCCGAAUAUGACCGCACAGCCCUACUUGAUUGUUGGAGACGCAGCCAUACACAUAUGAUUUUUAUUGGAAUUUCGAAUACGCCCAGGGAACUGAUGAUACAUGACUGUGUACAUACAUGUGCGACAAUUUUUCUUAGGGUAAGCAUACAUUGGUUGAUCGUUGUUCCAAAUGAUAUCUGCAAUGUCAGCGAUAAAUAUCAAAAAUCAAUUUUCAACAUUAUCCAACAUUUGACCUCGUCCACAGGGGCACAGAUCCCCCACGUUAAUAGUUUGUCGUUAAAAGCAUAGCCUACGAUAAGAUCCAGGAUCACUUACACUAAUUAAUGUUUACCACUGCUAGUGUAAUUGGCAAUCACCUUAAAACCAUAGUACCUCUAGUUGUCAUGAAUGCAAUCGUGUUUAAACAACAGAUCAUAGUUCUUACACCCCAGGUGAAAGCACUUAUGGAAUUGAAAUAUAUAAUUCAAAAUCCUGCUUCUUAUAUUAGUUUAUACUAGCUUCGAUUAUUAUGGUGUAUGUAAGCAUGAAGCUUCUGGAUCAGAAACUCUUUGAACACAUGGACACAUAAAGUACAUAGUUAUAAGUAAGCUUUACAGAUAUUUUUUAAACACUGUCAUUAAGAAAUCUCAAUAAAUAUUAAAUGCAAUUUGAAA